AGAGUAAAUAGUCGUGUCACGUGAUUACUCUCGUUCACAGGGGUCCACGGAAAGUUGUUUACGUUGGCAACAAGAUGGCGGCGGGACAACAGUAGGAGGAUGGCUUUCAAGGGACUGACCGGGAAAAAACGAUUUUUAGCAGCCGUUUUGGAAGUCGCCGUAGCACAGGAAGACGCUAGAGAAGCUGAAGAGGAAGCAGAGCCAGAAGUCCAACCCCCGCCCAAACCAAACAAAGACUCUGAUACCCCGACCAGACUAAGGCAAAGCACAUUUCCUUCUGUACUGGAACAGUAUAAACCCAAACCAAAGCCAAAGCCACAGAGACCACCAGCACUGUUUGAGAAGCUCUUCUCCAAGAAGAAGACUCGAGCUAAACUACGUCUGCAGGCUUUGAAGGAAGCUGCAGAGGAAAGAAGAAAACUAGAGGAGGAGAAACAACGGCUGAAAGAUGCGAGACAUGUACACCUUGUGGACAUGCAGUACAAGCUGCGUGACCAGUUGUACAGUGAGUACAUGGGGAAGCUGGAGCGUAGAGUAAAGAAACAGAGAGAACAGAUCACCACCAGACAACAAGAGCACGACAGGAGACUACAGGAACAGGAGGAAAAAGAGAAAGAGGAGCUGCAUCGGGUAAAGAAGCGUCUGUCCAGAUCUGUUCUCUCCCAUGAUAACGCAUACCUGCAGAGGAUACCCAAGUCCAAGUUUUACAAGAUGGUUGGACUCCAGGAAACCUUGGUGAAACAGGGUAAGAUCCAGUCCCACUCUGAGUUGGAGGCCUACUGGAAGGACAUUCUGAGACCAGAGAGAUACAGAGAAGUGUUCGCAUCACCACAAGACUCUGCAACUAUGGGUGACACAAGAUCAAUAAAGUCAUUGUCAUCAGCUGAUAUUUACAUGCAAACACUCUCACAUCAUGAAACUGACUUGAGGACGGAUCAUCUUACAUCAGGACUGACCCAGAUACAGGAACAGAGAGAACCAUCCCGCCCCAGCACACGGGGCAUCACUUCUAUCGAACAGUUUGAACAGGCCAGAAAGUUUCCAGCUGCUCUCAGGUCUAUGUCUACAUCGCUGUCUCCCCACAAGAUGGCACAAAUGUCCAGAUCAUCGGUUGGAAGGGAUGACUCGGAAAUGGAGAGAAUGUUUCCAAAGACUGAAUUUCCACCACUUGCUGCAUACCAGCUGGACCUACAGUUCGAGGAACCAGAUCAUGAAAAAGAGGACACUAUGGAACAGUUGGACAGAAGAAAACGUGAGAGAAAGAAGUUACAGAGGAAGAUACUGAAGAUGUAUAACCACUCCCAGGCUAAUGCUGCAUCAGCUUCCAGAUUGAUGGACAGAAAUGGACAGUUUGACAGCACCUUUGAGGGACCAUCCAUUGUUGAGCUGACUAAGGCCAUCACCUUUGAAGAGGAAGAUGAUGUGCAGACAGACUCCUUCUUCCUAACAGAUGUCCCCACUCAGGAGGAGGACCAGGAUGAAGAUGAUGAGGAUAUUGCCAUGGUGAUGGAGUCCUGGCCAUCAGAGAAGUGGCCAGACACCAUUGAUACAGAGCUCAUGGCCGCUGACCUCGGCAUCAAGUUCCUCUCACCCAUCAAGGAGUCUUCUGAGGAGGACAUGGAGUCUGAGAUGGCGAGUGAGAUGGACAGCACACCUCAGGAGUUAGACAGUAGACAGCUAGAGACCGGUGCCUCCACUGCCAAGCCCCCACCCACACCCACCGUCCCUCUCACCAUGAACAGUCUACUACAUGGAGAGGAAACUAUUAUCAAGGAGGCCAAGUGUCUGAGUACCAUGUGGGUAAACCCAACAGUACACUCGAGCUAGCCAUGUCGGGCAUAGCAACAAUAUUCAAGGUAGCAGAACACAGUUUUUCGCCUAUGGGGAUUUACAUGGUAAAAAAAAAAUUGGUUAAGGACCCCGAAGUGAGAAGGUUCAACGCCUCAAAACUUAUAGCAGGGUGCAAAAGUAAUUGAAUGUGUUGGAGUUCAGGGUAGAAUCUACAAAAUAUGUGAAAAUGAGCUUACGAUUGCCAGCUCGUUUUCCCAGUAAAACAAUUUGAAAUGACCCCCAGCGGAGGUCACCAUACUGCAGCUGACACAUGGAAGUAGCGGGAACCGGAUUCGUGCGCAAAAUUCUACCCAGCUAAAGAAACAUUGUAACCCAAGACAUAUAGCCUCAAAACUUACGUAUUCCUCUCCUACCCACCACAGUUUCUGACUUGCUGACGUGCACAGAAAAUUUUUUAUGGCUUUUGAAGGGCUGCGACGGACUAUUUUGUGCCUGACCUACUUUUGUCCACGGGGAUUACCCAUAAAUGUGUUCUGCGACCUUAAUGUGACCUAAAGAAUUGGGGAGGGGGGUAGGAGACAGCUACUUCAUGUACUACCUCGACAGAGUUUUCGUUUUCAAAUAUAAUUUUUAAGAAAUACUUUCGACAUCAUGACCACAAGGAACAAUUCAGUCGGCAAUCUUAAUUAUAAGCUAGAAGGUAACAUUUCCAAGCAAAUACAUAAUAUUUACCUUUUCUUGGUGCAUAUGUAGCUUAACAAACUAUUGUUCUGUUUGUAUGUGCUUAAAGGGACCAGCCCCUCACUCUCUGUCCUUCUACUUGCUACAUAUUGUGAUCAAACACCACAGGGUGUCUGCUACUUUACCAGUAACCAUGGUGACAGCUGUCUGGUCCAGGUCAUUGACCUCAAUUUGCAGAAGAAUAGGAAAUAGAACUAAAAACAACAUGUUUCUUUUUGAUGGAGGGAAACAUAAUAUAUGCUCUUCACUGAUAUUGUGCAUAUGAUUAUCAUUUAUUUUCUGGAUUUCAUCAGGUUAUAAUACAAUCACAUACAGGGUAAAACCAGAAAACAAAAUAAUGCAAUCAAUUGCGGUUACCGUAGAAACAGUCACUGGUGCUACAUGCAAAAGAUUAUGAUACUAGAAAAUCCGUCUGAGGUAGAUACUUUGUACGUUUUCUAGUAUAUCUAUGGAAUAUUGUGUGCUUGUGGAAA